GACUCUGCGGCUGGGGGCGCAGAGGCGUCCGCACCCCAAGAGGGCAUGCGCCCCUCUUUGGACCAGAGCGCUGGAUCCCCGGCGCCCAGAGGUGCCCCAGUCGCCGACUGACUCCUCCCCCGGGACUCGGUCCUCCUGCGCGUCAUCCUUCCCACCCCUGGUCGGACCCGGCGCCCGUGCCACGCUGGGACAAGUCGGGGGCGCCGCCGGGAGCCGGAGCCCGGGCGCGCGGCCGCGAUUGUGCAGCGCCCGGGGCCCAUGGAGCUGCGCGCCGGCAACGCCAGCUGCGAGAACGGUUCCCUCAUCAGCCUCUACUGCUCUUCCCAAGAAGUCCUGUGUCAGAUUGUCAGUGGCCUUAGCCCUGAGGUACCCCAAAAUGCCACCUUGGACAGCUGGAAGGAAAGAAUCCGGAAGAACUACGGUUUCUACAUCGGCCUGGGCCUGGCCUUCCUGUCCUGCUUCCUCAUCGGCAGCAGCGUCAUCCUCAAGAAGAAGGGCCUCAUUAGACUCGUGGCCAGUGGGGCCACUCGGGCCGUGGAAGGCGGCUACGGCUACCUGAAGGACACCAUGUGGUGGGCUGGAUUUCUCACCAUGGCUGCUGGAGAAGUUGCCAACUUCGGAGCCUACGCAUUCACCCCUGCAACGAUCGUCACGCCGCUGGGAGCACUGAGUAUCCUCAUAAGUGCCGCACUCUCCUCCUAUUUCCUGGGCGAGAGCUUGAACCUGCUGGGGAAGCUGGGCUGUGCCAUCUGUGUGGCCGGCAGCACCGUGAUGGUGAUACACGCCCCUAAAGAGGAGAAGGUCACUACGGUCACAGAGCUGGCCUCCAAGAUGAAGGACACAGGGUUCAUUGUCUUUGCUGUGCUUUUGCUGGUGUCCUGUCUCAUCCUCAUCUUCAUCGUCGCGCCCCGUUACGGACAAAGGAACAUCCUCAUUUACAUCAUCAUCUGCUCUGUGAUCGGGUCCUUCUCUGUGAUUGCCGUCAAGGGUUUGGGCAUCACCAUUAGGAACUUCUUUCAGGGGCUGCCCGUUGUUCGGCAUCCCCUGCCCUACAUCCUGUCCCUCAUCCUGGCGCUUAGCCUCAGCACUCAGGUCAACUUCCUCAACAGGGCGCUGGACAUUUUUAAUACUUCCCUGGUGUUCCCCAUCUACUAUGUGUUCUUUACUACCAUGGUCGUCACCAACUCCAUCGUCCUGUUCAAGGAGUGGUACAGCAUGACUGCUGUGGAUGUUGUGGGCACCCUGUCUGGCUUCGUCACCAUCAUGUUGGCUGUGUUCAUGCUUCAUGCUUUCAAAGACUUGGAUAUCAGUAGGACCAACUUGCCUCCUAUGCACAAAAACCCCACCCCAGCUCUGGCCCCAGAGCCCACCGUCAUCAGACUGGAAGACAAGAACAUCCUUGUGGAUAAUAUAGAACUUGCCAACACGCCAUCACCAGAAAAGAAGUCCAAGGUAUCUAUAAUCCAUUCAUAAAGAGGGAAUACACACGUGAAAGGAUCAGCCUGGUGGUGCAACCUCAACUCUCAGUGGUAGAACCACCCAGCUGUUUCUGCACCACCGUUGCCCAAUGUGUUUAUACCUCAUCACUGUUUUGAGGAGAAAAAGAAUCCCUACCCCGUAAGUGGGGGUCACAGCACUUCCUGGAAAUAGCCUCAGUGACCAGCUUUGCAGAGGAGCCAGCAGGUAUCCGGGGCCUCCCUUUCCUCUGCACCACUUUCGUGUUGGGAAGAGGAUAGAGUAUGACCUGUUGAAUGUAGCACAGCCCAAGAAUGCCCUGAGAUUCUGGUCAUCAGGAAAUUCUUCAAACCCGUUCUCCUCCUGAGACUGAAUCUCCAUUCCUUAGCCCAAUGAUGCAACAGAGCUGACUCCCAAAAAUCCAGAGCACCUUACCUAGCCUCCCCGUCUAGAGCUGAUGGGUACCAAUGCAAUGCAAAAUAUCUUGUUGCUUUUGCCAUUUACUCUUGGAGCCUAAAACAAGACCCUAGCUGACUUCCUUACUGUGAAAGCCACCUGAUGUCUCAGGGAACCGUUUCACUCGGUCCUUUCUCCAAGCAUUUGAGCCCAGCAGUCAGGAGCUUAGUGUCUUUUGCCCCACUGUACUGCCCUCUUGUCCUCUCGGUGCACAUCCCAAGGAGCCAGUCACUGAGACAGGCAGCCCACAAUCCUAGAACACAAAACAGCAACAACUCCACCUGUAACAAAUACCUCACAGUCAGGCUCUGCCGGCCAAACCUGUCUCUCUCUGCCUUCCGCUGGCGAGAGGGCAGCAGCUGUGCUGGUCUUCGGUGUUCUGGCUGUGCAGCUGAAAUCUGGCAGGAUGCGCUCUCCUCCUAUUUAAGAGUCACCCACAACCUGAUAGGGGAAGGUGGGGGAAAGUCUGAGGUUUGAAGUUAGGGCUCUGCAAAGAUGGUUUCAGACUGGAAAUUAGGAGCUAUCUUUUGGGUUUCUUCUGCUGGCCAACCAGGCACCCAGGCAUGAAAGGCUCUGGGGUAAUUUCUGGGCCAUAGCCUUAGAGGCUUGGCCGGUGCCAUAGCUGUGAAUCUCAGGCAUUAAGCGGGGUGCAGGCUCGGUGGGGCAUGUCUGGUGGCUGUUGAUCAGAUUUGCCAUGGAGCCCUAGUUUCACCGAGGAGCUGCCCACACAGAAGCAGCGUGCCAUGCCUGAGCCAGCACCACCUGCUCUGGGAACUCUCUUUGUCCCCUUGCAUUUGGCUAGGGGCAUCCAUAGAAGAAGUACAGUUUGGGAGAUAUAAUUGUUACCCCUUCCCCUUUUCUAGCUGCAAGCGCAUGAAGGGAACGAGGAACACUGGAAAGGGAAGCUCAGGAACCAGUUCAUCAGAACAAGGAAAGAAUAGACCCUCAGCCCUGCACUGAUGCAGAGACUCUGGCGGGAGUCCCUUCCUGCGAGCUGUGUUCACAUCUUGUGGCCUAAGUGUGGCCAAGCUCUCAAUGCACCUGCAGGUCUUAGAGCUCCAGAAGGCUUCGUGGGCCCACACUCUGGCCCCCUGCAUCUCCAGCUUCAGAUCCUCAGUUUUUAAUGAACACCAUUUCAUUCUGUAACUAAUAUCAGUGCAACACCACUGAUCUCAAGAAUGGCCGUAACUGAGAGCCCUGAAAGCAUGAGCUACGGGGUUAAUGACUCCAACUUCAGACUGUUUGACACAAGCACCUUAAGAUUCCAUGAACAUGGAACAAUUAAAUUUGUUGCUCUGGAGCUGGGAGAUCAGUCCCCAGUCUCUGGAAGCAGGGCUACCAAGAAAAGCCUUCCAGCAUCUUCUAGAGCUGUGCUGUCACUUUGAGUGGGACAAGUUGUUUUCUAAGGGUGCACUGAAGACAACUUUUCCCUAGUUGAAUCCAGAGUCCUUGCCAGACACCAGCAAUAGUAGGUGUUCCAUGUGGACUGUCCCUUUGACACCCCUCGAAUUCCCAAUUCUUUUUUACUUCUAAUUUACAUGUGCAGAAAGGGAUUCAGGUUAAUUGGCCAAGGUCACACAGCCAGUAGGAGAUGAAAUUGAUAUCUGGUUCCAAGCCCACAGCCUCAGCCACCAGUGUGUCUCUCCAGAGGACUGUAUCUGACCCCUCUCCAUCAUCUGAUACUACUGUGUUUUCUCGUAAUCUGUGCUAUCUCGUCUGAAUGUAAACUCCACACAAGCUUGUCUUGAUUUACUGCUUACCCUCUGAACCUGGUACACAGUUGGCAUUAAAAAAAAAUCUGUUGAUUUUUAAUGAAGGAACAACUCCA